AUGUCUGAUUUAUCAACACAAAUGGCGGAAAAAUUAACUCUUAAAGAUAAUACCCCUCAUGUUUAUGUUGAUGAGACACAAGGCUCUGAUGAAACUGGUGAUGGAACAUCGACAAAACCAUAUCAAACAGCUUUAUUUGCACUACAAAAAAAAGGGUUGGAUAUAAAUAUUUUGAUAAAGAAAACUUCUGAAGACCAAGAAUUCAAAGAUAUUUCUGGUGCUGCUUUAAAAAAAGCAAAAAAAAGAGUAGAAGACUUGGCAAAAAAAGCAAAAAAACAAGAAGAACAGAAAAAAUCUGAUAAAGAAAAAUCAAAAGUUCAAUUAGAAGAAGAACAGAGAAAAUUAGAAGAAGCAAAAAAAAUUGUACUUGAACAAGAUCCUAAUCUUCCUACACCUGUAAAGAUAAAAAUUUGUGAAUCAAUUGAAAAUCGUAAAAAACGUGUUAAAGUAUCAGGAUGGGUUCAUCGUCUUCGCACACAAGGAAAAGAUAUGAAAUUUUUAAUCUUAAGAGAUGGAACUGAAUCUACUGUCACUGUUUAUGGAGUUAUUUCUGAACUUCCUGAAGGGAAAUCAGCACCAGAUAAUCAUGAACUCAAUGUAGAUUAUUGGGAAGUUUUUCAUAAGGCGCCUGGUGGAGAUGAUGCAUUCACUAACAAGCUUAAUGCAGAAGCUGACCCUUCAGUUAUGUUUGAUCAAAGACAUCUUGUUCUUCGAGGUGAAACUUCAUCCGCUGUGUUAAAAGCUAGAUCAGCUGUGAUGAAAGCAUUUCGCGAUUAUUUUGAUUCAAGAGGAUUCACUGAGGUUACACCUCCAUGUAUGGUUCAAACACAAGUAGAGGGCGGAAGCACAUUAUUCGAAUUGAAUUAUUAUAGUGAAAAGGCUUUCCUUACCCAAUCCUCACAACUAUACCUUGAAACAUGCCUCCCAUCUCUUGGCGAUGUUUAUUGUAUGUCUGAAUCAUAUAGAGCUGAAAAAUCUCAUACUAGAAGACAUUUAUCAGAGUUGGCAGAAAUGGCUUUUAUUACAUUUGACGAUUUAUUAAAUACAUUAGAAGAUAUUAUUUGUACGACAAUUGAUCAAGUACUCUCACACGAACCAACUCGUAAACUUAUUGAUCAACUUAAUCCCGACUUCCAACCACCAAAGCGUCCAUUUCUAAGAUUGGAUUACAAGGAUGCGAUAAAAUAUCUUAAAGAAAAUGAUAUUAAAAAGGAGGAUGGUAGCUUUUAUGAGUUUGGUGAGGAUAUUCCCGAGGCUCCAGAACGUGCAAUGACUGAUAAAAUCAAUCAACCUAUCUUUCUUCAUCGGUUUCCUGCUGAAAUUAAAAGUUUUUAUAUGAGUAGGUGUAGUGAUGAUCGUAGGGUCACUGAAAGUGUGGAUGUGUUGAUGCCAGGUGUUGGUGAGAUUGUUGGCGGUAGUAUGAGGAUCAAUGAUUUGAAUGAGUUGUUGGAAGGUUAUAAACGUGAAGGCCUUGAUCCAACCAACUAUUAUUGGUAUACUGAUCAACGUAAAUAUGGUACAUCUCCGCAUGGUGGAUUUGGUUUAGGUGUUGAACGUUUUCUUGCAUGGUUAUUGAAUCGCGAUACAGUAAAAGAAUGCUGUCUAUAUCCUAGAUUUAUGGGAAGAUGGUUGAUGAUACAAGGGAUUCGUUCUUUUGAUCCUCAAACCGUUCAAUACAUUGAAUUCUUAAAACCCAUUACUUUAAUAGUUGGUUCUAAUGGUGCUGGAAAAACAACAAUAGUUGAAAGUUUAAGAUUUGCUACCGUUGGAAAUUAUCCAAGGUGUAACGACUAUGGUCAUUCUUUUGUUCAUGAUCUACAAUUUUGCAAAAAACAAGAGGUUCUUGCUCAAGCGAAAGUUGUCUUCAAAAGUAUUUGUGGUCAUGAGAUCACAUGCACAAGAGUAUUGUCACUUAAACAACUUUUGUCAUCUCUAAAAUUAACAACUGUUGAUUCAUCCUUGCAAGUAAGAAAUCUUAUAACGAAUGAGGUUGCAAGCGUUAGUUCACGUUGUGCAGACAUUGAUAAAGAUGUGGCAAACUUACUUGGUAUCUCUAAAGCGAUUUUAGAAAAUGUUAUUUUCUGUCAUCAAGAAGAUAACCUUUGGCCAUUAAGUGAUUCAUUUACUUUGAAAAAAAAAUUUGAUGAUAUUUUUGCUGCCACCAAAUUUACAAAAGCUUUAGCUUCUAUGAUUGAUCUAAAAAAAACAAAAACAAACGAACUAAAAGAAAGUCAAAAUUUAUUAAAUUUAUUAAAAGCUCAAAAAGAUCAAGCUGAAAAACAUAAUAUAAAUAUAAAGGCUGAUCAAAAAAAAAUCGAACAAAUUGAUGAGAAAAUUGAUCAAUUGACUAUCAAUAAAUCCAACACCUCUAAAAAAAUAAGCCAAUUACAACAGGCAUCUGAUGAAAUCAAGUCCAUUAAUAUGAGAUUGGCUAUGAAAAAAAGUGAAAAGGCUAUCAUGGAAAAUAAUUGUGAUCAAUUGUUGACUAAUUUUAAAAUAAUAUCUGAUGAUGAACAAGAAUUAAAUGCUAUUUUGCAAAACAUUAGGACUAAUCCUGCAUCAAAACAUGAAGAUCAUGAAGAUUUAUUAAAGAAAAAAAAAGAACUUGAAGGUGUAAUCCAAGAUUUGAGAACUUCGUUAUCUGAGACUCAUAAUGAUUUGGGUUCAUACAAAGCAAAAUUUGACACUUAUCAAGCAAAAAUCAUAGAAUUUAAAGAUAUUAUCACAGAAAUUACUUCUUUGUAUAAAUUUCAAGAUCCAAUUAUGAUUGAUUAUGAAGCUACAUCACUUGAAAAUAUCAUGUCUGAAGUUAAUCACAAACUGAAUAUCGUAAUUCAUGAAAAAGAAAGUGUUUUAAAUAUAGAACAUAAUAAUUUUUCAGAUCAAAAGAAAAACUUGAAACUUUCAUUGAAUAAUUUAUCUGAAAGUUUAAAUGAAUUAGAAGGAGAAAAACAAGCAAUCAUAAAGGAAAUGUGGGCAUCUCAAAAAAAAAAGAGAGAACUUGAAAAUGAAAUACAUGGUAUUAAAUUGUCUGAAGUUGAUUUAGAUCAAUUAGAAAAAGAGGCAAAGGAUGCAUAUGAAAAUUAUGAAUGUGAAAAUUUAAAAUUUAAAAAUGAAGACAUCAGGUCAAAAAUUUCUAUGCAAAAACAAAUACGAUCAGAUCUUCAAAAAAAACUUUAUAAUCUUGAUAAUGAAAUUUCUAUUUUAAGCAAACAAACAGACAUUGCUGCAAAAUUACAAUAUAGAAAAGAAGAGCGAGAAGAUCAAGUAAAAAAUUUUGAAUCAUUACAGCCUUUAGUUGAAUUUAUCAAAAUAAAAUUAAAAGAAAAAUUAAAGAAAGAGCCAGUUAUUGAAUCACUUGAUAAAGAUCUUAAAAAGCUAAUAACAUGUUACAAAUCUGAACAUCAUAGACUAAUGAAUCACGAUAACCCAUGUAUUAUAAGUGAUGUUUCUAAGAUUAAUGCCAAUUUACAAAUGUUAAAUUCACACAAAAAAGAGUUGCAGGAUAAAUCUAACAUGUAUAUCAAUAUGAUUAAAAAGGAAUGUGGUGAUAAAAAUUUUGAUGAUGUAUUGAGACAAGAAGAAGAAAAAUUAAAGGAUUGUCAAAAUCAACUUUCAGGAUCUUCAUACCACAUAUCAUUAUAUAAUAAGUUUCUUAAUGAAUGUAAAGAUAAUAAUGAGUGUUCUCUGUGUAAGCAUAAGUUUGAAACAAACAAAGAUUUGGAAAGAUUAUUGAGUGACCUAAAAAAUAUUAUUAAUAAUGUAAUUCCAAAGAAAAAUGAGAAAAAUAAGGUUGAAGUUCAAGCAUUGACAAUUCGAGUUCAGGCCCUUCGUAAAUUAGAGCCAAGUUGGAAUUAUGUCAACCAAUUAAAAGUGGAGAACUCAGAAUUAGAAAAAAGAAUUGACAAAUUAAAUAAAGAAAAAGUUCAAAAAGAUUCAUUAAAGAAUGAGAUAUCUGAAAAAGUAAAGAAUCUUCAAGGUGAAAUUGACGAACUUGAAAAAUUACACAAGAAUGCCGAACAAAUUGUUGAUUCAAACAAAAAAAUAAAGAAAUUAGAUUUUGAUAUUUAUCAGCUUGAAGAAGAAUUAAGCGAAAUUGGAUCUACAAUGACACUAGAUAAAUGUUUAAUGGAGCGUGACUCUUUACGAGACCAAAUCAAUCAUAUCGAAGAUUGUGAAAUAAAAUUAUCACAAAAGCUUGAUGAAGACACAAAUCUUUUGUCUAAACUACAAGAUAUACUUAAUGAAAAGAAUUCCAAGUAUUCAAAUAGUAUUCGUGAUUUAGAAAAAAUGAAAUAUGUAAAUAAGGCUUUAGAUGAGAUAAAGUCAAAAAUUACAGGCUAUGAAGCCAGGAAAAAUGUAUUGGAUCCAGAAAUUGCAGAACUUCAAUCAAGUAUAUCAAGACAAAAAGAAGAAUUAACCGAAAUUGCGACACAAAUUCAUGAUAUUGAAAAUACAAUCACAAAAUUAAAAAAUGAUAUUUCUUAUUCAAUUAAAAGACUCGAUGGAGUUGGAAAAGAAAUAAAAAUAUUUGAGAAAGAAAAUUUAAAAGAAAAAUUGUCUUCUAGUAAAGAUUUUGUGUCAACAGUUGAAUGGAAUAUUAAUAUUGAAACAACUAACCUUAAUAGGCUAGAAGAAAAGAUUCGAAUUUUAGAUGAAUCAAUGGCAAACACAAGAGAAAUUGAAAGGAAUAUCCAAGAUAAUCUAAGAUACCUAAACUGCAAACAGACCAUUCACAGACUUGACUUGGAAAUUCAAAAAUUGGAAUCAAGAUUAAAUCAUUUAGAUUGUAGCAACACUAAUAAUCAAUUGGUUGAAUCAAAACAGUUUUAUGAAGAGAUCACGGUAGAACUUGCUAAUCAGAAUGGAUGUAAGAGACAAUUAGAAGAGACUAUUAAACGUACUAAUGAAGAACUUGAAACCAAUUACAAGGAUAUUGAAAAAAAGCAUCGAGAACAAGAUGUUAUUGUAUGUACUUCUGAAUUGGCGAUAGGGGAUCUUAACACAUAUGCACAAAUGUUGGACAAGGCAAUAAUGCGUUAUCAUGCAGCAAAGAUGAAAGAAAUCAAUUCUAUAAUUCGACAUUUAUGGAUUUUAACAUAUCGUGGCAGGGAUAUUGAUGCAAUAGAGAUACGAGCAGAAAAGGAUGGUGAAAGUACAAAAAGAUCACAUAAUUACCGAGUUGUAAUGAUUAGAGGAGAUGUAGAAGUUGAUAUGCGUGCAAAAAGUAGUGCAGGUCAACGAAUGUUGGCUUCAAUAGUUAUAAGAAUAGCAUUAGCAGAAGCCUUUUGUAUUAAAUUUGGAGCAUUAGCACUUGAUGAACCAACCACCAAUUUAGAUGAUGCAAAUGUAAGAAGCUUGGCUUUAAGUUUAAGACAAUUAUUAGAGUCACGUCGUAAUCAACCAAACUUUCAAUUAAUUAUUAUAACUCAUGAUGAAAAAUUUUCAGAGUUGAUUGGAAAUACGGAAUUUUCAGAUUCUUUUUACCGUGUCAAAAAAAAUGAAUCUGGAUUUAGUGUAAUUGAAAAAGAUCAUUGGAUAAAAUAUGAUGAAGAGACCAUUGACAAGUCCUCUGCUGCAUCUCAUUCUGGUUUAAGACCAAGAAGGUCAAUGAAAAUCUCUACCACACUUUCACUUGGAUGGCAAGACGAAAAAGCCAUCAAAGUUUCCUUGAGAGCAGUAGCCAAUUACUUAGAAAGAGAUGGUGUUUUUACAAUGACAACAAAAAGGGUUCUUUGGACUCCAAGUAACGAGUCAAAUCCGGUAGUAGACUUUUUCAUAUCUACAAUACAAACAGGUUGGGAUGAAUUAAAAAAAAUAAAAGAAGAAUUAACAGAAAGUAUACAACGUGAACGAUCAGGUGUUGUUGUGACAUCUUCUACAGCCUCAAGACCUUCACCGGUCUAUCAACGCUCAGCUGCCCCAUCACCAGUUUCUGGUUCAUCAUCUCCUGCUACACGAAACACAGAUAUUGAAUUACGAAAACAAUUACUGCUUAGAGAUAACGCUUUAGCUGAUCAGCAUAAAACUCUUGUAGUAGAACAAAAAUGUAUCAAUGAAGAGGAAUUCUGGGAGUUGAGAAAAGUAUGGUUUUAUUUCCAUACUAUGAAUUUGCGUAUGUCACAUUAA